AUGUCCACUCAGAAGAACGUCACCUACAAGAACCUCAACGGCAACGGAAUCACACAGUCAGCCAUUGUCUUCUUCCCUCCCAACUUCCAGGAGUCUCAGAAGUACUCUUCUAUCAUCGUUGGCCACCCCGCUGGAGGUGUCAAGGAACAGACUGCCAGCAUAUACGCCGAAAAGCUUGCUGCAGGUGGUUUCGUGACCAUUGCUUACGAUGCUUCCUACCAGGGAGACUCCACAGGAGAGCCUCGAUUCCUCGAAGACCCUUACAUUCGAACCGAAGACAAUUCUGCAGCAGUCGACUACCUCACGACCCUGCCUUAUAUCGACAACCUGAACAUUGGUGUCCUUGGUAUCUGUGCCUCUGGUGGCUACGUCGUGAACGCUGCCAUCAACGACAAGCGAAUCAAGGCUGUCGGUACCGUGUCUGGUGUGAACAUUGGAAACAUGUACCGAGCGGGAUGGACCGGGGAUGCCUCUGGCGUCGCUCUCGCUACCCUUCAGCUGGGUGACCAGGCUAGAACCGACGAGGCCGAUGGCGGAGAGACUGCCUACAUGCCCUUUGCUCCCGAGAAGGUUGAGGACGCCCCUGUCCCUGAACUCCGAGAUGCAUAUGACUACUACCGAACAUCCCGAGCCCAGAAGACUAAUUGUCCUUCCAAGUUCACUGUUAGAUCUAUCAACCAACUUGUCACCUAUGACGCCUUCAACCUCGCUAAGGACUUUCUUACUCAGCCCCUUCUCAUGAUUGCUGGUAGCGAGGCCGGAACCAAGUUCUACUCGGUCGACCUUGUUAAGGAUGUGAAGGGUGUUAGCCAGGACGCUCAGACUUAUAUUGUCGAGGGUUCUAACCACUUUGAUCUUUAUGACAAGUCCAAGCAGGUGGAUGAGGCUGUCUCUCAACUCCUCCCCUUCUACGAGAAGUACUUGAAGUAG